AUGGCGUGCCUGGGUUUCCUCCUCCUCCUCCUCCUCCUCCUCCUCGCGAGCACCGUGGCCCAGGGCGAGUACGGUGUGAUCCACGUGGUGUCGGAGAACUGGAGCAAGAACUACUGUGUCCUCUUCCGCUCCGACUAUAUCACCUUGCCCCGGGACCUGCACCACGCCCCACUCCUGCCCCUGCACGACGGCACUGGGACCCCCUGGUGCCCAGGCGAGGACCUCUCCCACCAGGUCCAUCCCGGCUCCCCCAGCCAGCGGCCCCUCCGCCGGACCACCGCCAUGGUCAUGAGGGGCAACUGCAGCUUCUACGCCAAAGGCUGGCUGGCUCAGGGCCAGGGUGCCCACGGGCUGCUCAUCGUGAGCCGGGUCAACGGCCAACAGUGCUCAGACACCACCCCGGCGUCCCAGGACCCCCACAAGCCCCUGCCGGACCUCACCAUCCCGGUAGCCGUGCUCCGCUACGCCGACAUGCUUGACAUCCUCAGCCACACCCACGGCGGCACCGGGGUCCGCGUGGCCCUGUACGCACCCCCAGAGCCCAGCCUUGACUACAACAUGGUGGUCAUCUUCAUCCUGGCUGUAGGCACCGUGGCUGCGGGCGGCUACUGGGCCGGCCUGACCGAGGCUGACCGGCUGCAGCGGCGCAGAGCCCGAGGGGGAGGGGGGCCUGGCGGUCACCAUCCACAGGGAUCAGUGGCCGGCCAGCGCGGGCACGAGGAAGACGACGAGGAUGCACCGGUGGACUUCACGUUGGCCAUGACAGGGGCUGUGGUCACCACGUCCUGCGCCAUCAUGCUGUUGCUCUACUUCUUCUACGACUGCUUUGUCUACGUCAUGAUCGCCAUCUUCGCCCUCGGCGCCGGCACCGGCCUCUACGGCUGCCUGGCCCCCGUGGUGCACCACCUGCCCCUGCAGCAAUACCAGUGGCUCUUGCCCAGCCGCCGGGCCUGCCUGCAGCUGCCCCUGCUGCUGCUGGCCGGCCUGUGCCUGGUGGUGACCAUCCUCUGGGUGGCUUACCGCAAUGAGGACCGCUGGGCGUGGCUCCUGCAAGACAUGCUGGGCGUGGCCUAUUGCCUUUUCGUCCUGCGGCGGGUGCGCCUGCCCACCCUCAAGAGCUGCACCUCCUUCCUACUGGCCCUGCUGGCUUUUGAUGUCUUCUUCGUCUUUGUCACUCCCCUUCUCACCAGGACCGGCGAGAGCAUCAUGGUGGAGGUAGCCUCCGGCCCAGCAGACUCCUUGAGCCACGAGAGGCUGCCCAUGGUGCUCAAGGUGCCCCGGCUGAGUUUCUCGGCCUUGACCCUAUGUGACCAGCCCUUCUCCAUCCUUGGCUUUGGUGACAUUGUGGUCCCCGGCUUCCUGGUGGCCUACUGUCACCGCUUUGACGUGCAAACCCAUUCAGGGCAGGUCUACUUCAUGGCCUGCACUGCGGCCUAUGCUGUGGGCUUGCUGGUCACCUUUGUUGCCAUGGCCCUCAUGCAGAUGGGCCAGCCUGCCCUGCUCUACCUGGUGUCCAGCACCCUGCUCACCAGCCUGGCUGUGGCCGCCUGCCGCCAAGAGCUCACUCUCUUCUGGACUGGCCAGGGCAGAGCCAAGACCCCUGCCCAGCCUGUACCAGGGCUCUGUGGUGCCCCUUCAGUUGGCUCUGAGAGGAAGCAGGAGGAUGCAGCAGGAGGAUGCGGAGCCAGUGAAUUUGAGGUGGCCACCGACCACCUGGCAGGGGGCCUACACAGCAACCUCAGGGAGGACACGGCUAAGAUCAUCACCAUAUCUGAGGAUGAAGCCACCGGUUCACACAGCCACAGUGACAGCUCCGAGGGCUGGAGCGAUGCCAACCUGGACCAUGAUAAGCUGCCCCGUGUCCCCCCUGGGGCCUCUGAGGACCUGGUGCCGCUGAUGCCAAUGGCCAUGCUGAUACCACUGACACCACGGGUGUCGCUGCCCUCGGACCUGGGCCACAGCCAGGCCCAGGCCCACGAUGCCAGCCUGCCCUGGAUGGGGCUCCACAAGAGGAAGGGCUUGAAGGUAAAGAAAAGCAUAUCAACCCAGGCUCCCUUGUGA